CUGGCAGGGAACUUGCUCAUCAUUGUCCUGGUUUGGGCAGACUCUGGGCUGUCCACACCCAUGUACUUCUUCAUCAGCGUCCUCUCCUUCUUGGAACUCUGGGAUAUGAAUGGUGAACAAUGAACGCCGGGAAUUGGAGUCAGGUAACCGAGUUCAUCAUCUUGGGCUUUCCCCAUGUCCAGGGUGUUCAGGCUUAUCUCUUCCUUUUGUUACUUCUAAUUUACCUCACUACUAUACUGGGAAACCUGCUGAUAUUCCUGGUGGUCUGUCUGGACUCCCGGCUCCACAUACCCAUGUACCGCUUUGUUAGCAUUCUCUCCUUACUGGAGCUUGGCUACACAGCUGCCACCGUCCCCAAGAUGCUGUCAAACUUGCUCAGUGAGAAGAAGACCAUUUCUUUCUCUGGAUGCUUUCUGCAGAUCUAUUUCUUUCACUCUCUUGGGGCUACUGAGUGCUACCUCCUCACAGCUAUGGCUUAUGACAGGUACUUAGCCAUCUGCCAGCCCCUCCAUUACCCUACCCGCAUGACCCCAGCACUCUGUGUCAAGAUUGCUGUUGGCUGUUGGUUGGGAGGCUUGGCUGGGCCAGUAGCUGAAAUUUCCUUGGUCUCUCAACUCCCUUUCUGUGGCCCCAAUCGCAUUCAGCACAUCUUUUGUGAUUUCCCUCCUGUGCUGAGCUUGGCUUGUACUGACACAUCUAUCAAUGUCCUAGUGGACUUUGUUAUCAACGCCUGCAAGAUCCUGGCCACCUUUCUGUUGAUCCUUAGCUCUUAUGUGCAGAUCAUCCACACGGUUCUCAGAAUUCCUUCAGGGGCAGGUAAGAAGAAGGCCUUCUCCACGUGUGCCUCCCACCUCACUGUGGUCCUCAUCUUUUAUGUGAGCAUCCUCUUCAUGUAUGUGCGGCUGAAGAAGAGUUACUCACUGGACUAUGACCGGGCUCUGGCAGUGGUCUACUCAGUGCUCACACCCUUCCUCAACCCCUUUAUCUACAGUUUGCGUAACAAGGAGAUCAAAGAGGCUGUGAGGAGGCAGGCAAAGAGGGCAGGGAUACUGGAGUGAUGGUGGAGGGGACAGGCCAAGUGUGCAACUGAGGAUAGAUGACCUUGGGGAAAUAUCAAGCAUCUAGGACUUUUCUACAAGAGAUCCUCAACUGGGGAAAUGCUGCCUAGUUUUCAGUGUUAAUGCAAUCAUUGCACUCUGUUGCAGCCACAUGCAACUUGAGACCAGAGACUAGAGUCUUUCUAACAAUAUGAUGUGCUGCAGUGAUAUUCAAAUCUUAGACAUUUAAAUAACAUACUUAGGAUUUUGGUCAAAUCUAUGUCUUGCCUCCAAUACAUAAUUUUCUUCAAAGUUACUUGAUUUAGUGUGAAUACAUUUAGUCAUGUUAUAAACAAUAAUGUUUGCUAAAUAAAUUUUAGAGCAAAAAUAAAAGUUUUUAAUGUACCAUUUACAGUCAUUUUGUGCAUACUGAUCAGAUCAUUUAUGUAUUAAAAUGGAAAACACUGGUGUAGUAGAGAAGAGCAUGUUUUUAUUAUCACAUAUAUCUGUGUUUAAAUUCUAGUUUAUUUAGUCACAUUAAUUACAUGAUCUCUGUAAAGUAACUCAAACUCUCUUAAUUGAUGAGUCAAUUUCAUCAUGUGUUAAAAAUAUGUUCUUGAAGGUUGUUUUGAGAAUUAGCAAUAAUAUCUAUAAGCCACAGUACAAAGUAUCUAGCAUAUAAUUAAUAGUAGAAAAAUUACAUUUAUCUUUAUUUCUUUUACUCCACACAGACCUCUAGUCAUUACUCUGAGUAUUAGAACAAUAUCCAGGAAAAUAUAAUUAAGCAAAAAUACUUCCCAGAUACUUUUCCCAAAAGGAAAGAAGUAAACUAGCCAGAGGGAGAACCUAUGAGAUAUGUUGGACUUAGCAGUCUUAAUAACUAUUAUCAGAAUAAAAUAUGAGAAUGUAAAAUUUGAGUUCAUACCAGGAAAUAGGAUAAUUUUUCAUGUUGGACUACUUUUUAAUUUCAUUUUAAGCUAAUUAUUUCCUUAAAUACGUGGAAAAUAAUCUAUAAUUUAGUAUAUGAGAAAUAUGAGAAUUUAAUUAUUAGCUGGUGUUAGGGAUUAUUUAUGCAUUGAUAUCUACUGUUAGUAGACAAUCAAAUGUUGACUAUAAGAAAAGCUUUAAUUCCAUGUAGAAUUACAUAGAUUACAUAAUAAGUAUCUCAAAGUAUUUGUUUUUCUGCCAUCUUAACCAUAUCCAUCCAUCCAUCCAGUCAAUUCAGCACUUGUUUAUUUAGCUCUAACUAUACAUCAGAUGCUGUGCUAAGCUCUACAUAAAAUGAUGAACAAAAUAAUAAAGACUAUCCCUACCCCCCUUUUUUAAGUUCCUGUGCUUAGAGUGUUUUUAAAAGGGUUGAGAAUUAUACACAUUAUAAUUGUAAUUAAUUUAUAAUUAAUUGCAUUUAAUUAAUUGACAUUGUGGUAAUUAGUAAUAAAUACACAUGAAUUAUAUCCUUGAGUAGGUUAUAUUUAAGCUAAAUUAUAAAUUAUAAUUAGCAAUUUUUUAUGAAGGUAAUAAUUGCAAUAAUUAUACCUAUUUUAGAAAAUUGGAAAUACAGAUCUAAAUAAAACAUUUGCCAAAACUAUAGAGCAAGGCAGAAUGAGGGACUCUGCAUAUGAAAACAAAGUGGGCCAGCCUCCCAGGAUAUAUCCCUCUAGUCUUUAACAAGUCCAAGAAAGCAAAGAAAAAGGAGAAAGAGAUAAAAGUAACAGAAAGAUGAUAACUAGGUUAUGGAUCUGGAAUAGACACUGUCAGCCAGUAUGCUGUCUCCUGAGAACUUGCAGAGACUGAAGUAAAAAGUGAGUCUCACUUUCAAGAAAUUGAAAAGACAACUCACAGAAGAGGGAAAAAUUUGUAAAUCAUAUAUCUGAUAAGGGACUCAUAUUAAGCAUUAUAAAGCACACUACUAAUUCACUAAUAAAAUGGCAAAUAAUCCAAUUAAGAAAUAAACCAAGGAUCUGAAUAGAUAUUCAUUAAAAAGAUACAAAUGGCCAAUAAGCAUAGGAAAAUACAUUUGAUAUCAUUAGUCAUCAGGGAAAUGCAAAUCAAAACCACAAUGAGAUAGCACUAUAUUUUCACUGGUAUCAAAAAGUCAGAUUACCUCUAUGUUGUUGAUGAUGUGGAGGAAUCAGAACCAUCACACACCACUUAUGGGGAUGUAAAGUGAUGCAGCCGCCUCUGGAAAAUUGUCUGGCAAUUCAAAAAAUUAAAUGUAGGGGAUGAGAGAGGAUAGCAGAGUAGUAGGACAUGAAGCUCACUUACUCCCACAAAUACAUUGGUGAAUGUAUGUAUUUUUGGAAUUAUUUGCACAGAAAAUUUGCUGAAUGAUGACAAAAGGCCCCAGGAUUCUGAUAGAGCAAGAAAAACUUCACAAAACUGAGUGGGACAAAACAAAGAAGAAAGAAGAAAAAGAGAGAGAAAAUGAGUAAGGAAGCAUGAUGAGAUCUUCACCCUUAGGAGGGAGAUGGAAAGAGGAAAAGCCCCUGCACACUGGGAAGUCCCCCCAACAGCAAAGAGAACAGCCAGGACAGGAGAAGACAGAAAUCUUUGUGAAGCCGUUAAAAUGGAAACAGUCCUCCACAAAUGGUCAGUGCUACCACCCUGCACUUCCUAGCAGUAUCUUGAUACAGGCAGGAGUUGGGAACAAAAACUCUGGCCUUGGAGAUCAGACUCAGAGAGAGCUGGGGCUGGAUAUGUGGGAAAACAAAAGAAAACAAAAC